CAAUCUUCUCUUUUUGUUUCUUUUUUUUUUCUUUGCCCAUCUCAAUCAAUUGAUAAAAGAAGAGACACGCUUAGAUCUCUUUUUAUUUUUAUAGUUUAAUACAUAUUUAAUGCCUGAUUGUUCAUGAUUAUUAUUUUUUGGUCAAUCAAUUUAAUAUAACCAAAAAAUAAUUUCGACCCCACCUUUUUUUUUAAAAUUAAUUCCAAACAAACGCACUUAGAAGAAUCAAAAACUUUUUUCUAUUUUAUUUUUUAUAUACAUACUUUAUCUAACCCUCAUUAAAUAAUUCACCCCUCUCUCCCAAUCCCAAAAAUGGAAUUUUGCACUACACCCACUUCCUUGUCCCUUCAAGACCUUAUCACUGCUCCCGCCAGAGCAGAAUCGCUUUUAGAAUUAUUGACUCCUGAUCAAAUUUUUGCCAUCGAACAAACCUUGGGUAAAGUUAAGAAAAGAAGACUCGAUAAAGAAGAUACCAUCAUGACAGAAACCGCGGCUGCUACUACUGCUGCUGCUGAUGCCACCGCUGCUGCUUCCCUUUCCACUUCUGUUACCAUGACUACCACCAACACCACCAACCCCACCACUCCCACUACUACUACUACUACUGAUGCAUCCCCAAAGUCUACUGCCACAAAGCCUCCUACAACUCCGAAUGAACCUGUUACUGAGAUGAGAGACGGCAUUGAGUGGGUUUCUUUUGUUUAUUCUCACAAUCGCACCUUGAAGCGUUAUUCUAUUCGCACAGAUCUUUUACAGGUAGACACCUUGAGCAUCGACGAUAAAUUUAAGAGCGAAAAUUGUGUUUAUCCUCGAGCCAAUUUACCCAAAGAAGAAUACCAUGGCAACCGAUGGGCAUAUGAAACUGAAUGUAAUGUGCUUGGAUGGAAAUUAGCUUGGUUAAACAAGGAAGAAAUUGCCGGUAAAAGAGGCUUGAUUCAACGUGCGGUUGACUCUUACCGCAAUAGAUAUCCCAGCAUGCGAUCCCGUCGUGUGGCUCGGCAAGAAAAGUUGAUGAACGGCACUCUUCGUAAGCGUAAGCAUCGUGAAGGCGAUGAUCAAGAUGAGAUGUCUACCACUAUAUCUGGUGUCACCAUUCAAUCUGCUCACCAUCCUAAAACAAUUGCUAUUGAGGAUACUGUUAACAACCAACGCUUCCGUAUUAAGAUUAAUGUAGAAUCAGUCGAUUUGGAAGAAAUCAAUAUCGAAUUCCGUAAAGCAAACUGUCCUUAUCCUCGCGUCAUGAAUAUCGCCCAACCUGUAAAUAAUGCGAGAUGGUUAGAGGAAACCAUGUGUAAUGAAUUAGCUUGGAAAUUGGCUUGGUUAAACCCCAGACAUUUGGCAGGAAAAAAGAACAUGCUUCAACGUGCUCUUGAUAUCUAUCGUUCAAAAUUUAUGCCUUCUCUUCAGCCAAGAAAGAAUUCUCGUCGUAUUGCUCCUAUCCCUCCUCCAACAUCUACUAUCAUCAGCCAACAAGCAACACUUUUGGACUUACUUCCUACCACAUCCACAGUACCUUUGACGGCAGAUGCCCUAUCAGCCCAGAACGCCUUGUUUGAAAAAGCCAAUCCCACUGAUAUUGGAUCACCUGCUAUGUCUAAUAUGAGUGGAACGACAGAAUCACUUGAUUUUGCUGAUUGCUUCUCGCUGGCCGAAGAAGAACCUUCCAACAAGGAGGAAGCUGAGGCAGCAGCGGCCGUAUUUUGUAGUAUGCUUUUACAACAAGAGCCAAUGUCCUAUGUCGAUAAUACAUCGAUAGAAGACACCAAUAGUCUGCGCAUGAAUUCAACAAGUUCCUAUUCUUCUGACAGUACGGCAUGCACACCCAGUCCUACCACAGUGCCAAUCCAAGAUCCAUUCACAGCUGACUUCUUUGAUCAAUUUAUGAUGCCCACAGACGAUCCUUUCUAUAUGAUGGACAAUCCCGAUCUUUCCAAACUAUACAACACAACCAUUGACCAAUCUUUUUUCUCUUUGGAUCCUCUCUUUUAAAUAACACUUUCCCUUUUGUAAAUAGUCCCCUUCUCUUCACAUUUAUUUUUUAUUUUUUUAAAAACCUAUUUUUUUUGUACACAAAAUCGCCCAUGCAUUUCCCUUUUAUUUCAAAAACCAACAUUAUCUUUAUGCAUUCUUUACAAAAAAAAAACUAUAAUAAUAAUAGAGUAACCAUGGGUUUUUUCUUUCUCAACUCUUAAAAAAAUUAAAAUAAAAAAAACUGAUUAUUUUCUAUCAAAA